AUGAAUGCUAAUAGUGGGGCUGCACAGAAUAAAGAGUGGUCAACUAAGGAUGCAGUUGAUAUUAUCGCGGCUUACAAAGCAGAAUUUUUGUCGUCUACCAUGAAUAAUUCAUUCGCUUCGUUUUCAUCAGACAUUUUUGGAUCGUCAGGAUGCCGUGCGAGCACCAUUACUAGUGUUUCUGAAUUUCCUUCUAGACAUGAGUUCAGCAGUGAGGAAUUUGAAAAAGAGAAUAUUUCGGACAAAAGUGGCGGGUUAUGCCCUACCGGUUCUGAAGUGACGCCUUCCCAAAAACAAGUGCUUCCAGACGAAAUGAAGAAAGAUUUAAAAGAUGAAAUUGUUUUUGCGGUCCCUGCUUUACCAAAAAGACCAGUUCGUCGGAGGUCAUCGUCAUUUAAUAAUUUUGAAACGAAGAAGAAAGAGGAUAUUUUAGAACGGUGUAGCUCUGAGAUUGCUAUUGGGAAGGAUAUACAGUACCAGAUAUCUCCUGGAACUAAGGCGUCUAGAGAGAAGAUGGAGAAGAAGCUUGCUUUUCUAAGGGCAAGAGAUAACGCCAGGAAAGAAGCAUUAAAUGGUCUCUUUCAAACUUCGAAGCAAGAAUUACUGGCGAGCAGACAAAAGUUUGAUCCGAUCGCAACGGCGAAAAGCUUUCUAUCAUCUCAUCAGUCAAAUGAAACAGGAAGCUUACCUUCAAACUCAUGCGUACCUGGUAGUUCUAAGCAAUUACAGUCUUCAGAAAAAAUUGCCUUUGGAGAUGCUACAUUUACUAUCCUGAGUACGCCCGGUUCAGAAGGAAGCUUAGUGAACAAAGAAAUCUCAGGUUUAUCACGUGAAAGAAAUAUAGCAGCGGUGAAAACUUGGGUUAACUUUUUGAUACGGCAAAGAUGUGGUAGCGAAAGUUUAGGCUGUUUAUUUGAAAAGGAAAGAGCGAUAGCGGACGGCUUUCUGCGUGAUGUUCUUCAAAACGGUGAGAGAAGUACUGCAAAGAAAACGUGCGAGCCGGAAGCCGUUUUAAAAAUUGAGAGGGAUCUGGUCAUGAAAGUCGUAGUAGAGAUGAGGCGUUUAAUUCGUGAAACAGAUUUUCCUUCACAGGUUGAUAGUUUGCUUAAAAAAGAGUGUUUUCCAGCUAGAGCUGAAGUUAACUUGCAUUCUGAUGUAGGUUUACAGAUGGAUCUUCUGAAGGUCUUCUUUUCUUUCCAUAUUUUCUGGUUACGUUGUGGUGUGGAAGCAGUUUUCAACUGCUCUUUUAGUGGACCAUCGCAUAUGUUGCAUCACAAGCUUGCUUCUUUUGUUGUUAAGCAUUUUUUCAAGGAACCCUCAAUUCUCGCCAAUCCAAAAUCUAUAAUCACAGAUUUUGGUCGGAAAAAGCUCAGUCAGAACUUCCAGUUGAAAUUUUAUCUUUUUCUUUUCUUGGUGGACUCCAUGAAAUGUGAUGAAACGUUCUUUGCUCAGACACCACCUUUAUUUUUAAGAGAAAGUGGAUUUAAGAGUGUGUCUGACGUCGUAGCUGCAGUGCAGAAAAAAAUACUUUCUGGCUCUGUUGCUCCAUUCAAGCUACUUACUCGUUUGGGUUUCAAAGCGUCUCAUCACCAAAGUUUCUUGGAGGAUUAUCAAUAUUUCGUUUCCGAUUUAUCGAGUGAUUUGGGUGAUGGAAUUAUACUAAGCAGGCUUGUUGAAGUAGUAUGCGGUCUAAAACCGUAUUCGUUGGGUAGCUUACUCCGUGACCCCAGUGGGGACAGAUUGAGGAAAUUAGGGAACGUGAAGAAAGUUAUUGAGGCAGCGAAGUUAGAAGGAUUAGAUCUUGGAAAGGUGAAACCGGAAAACAUUUUGUUAGGAAAGAUCGAUGAUAUCAUGGAGAUUCUUUGGCGGCUGAUUGGAUCUUACGUGAGCGCUACCGACACUUUUUUGAGUGAAGAAGACAGUAAUGGGCCUGAUUUGGAGCGCUUAUGGUUAGCCGCUACUGUAAUUCAACGUGCGUACAGAGCUCAUCGGAUGAGAAAGCACGGUUUAGUUAGUGAAGUACGCAGUGAGGAUCCUUUGAAAUCGGACAGAGGCGACGUUGUUUGUGAAUAUAAAAGUCCUGAAAGACAGUCUUUGCUUGCUGUAUUUAAAGAACAAGAAAGUUCUUCUGAAGAUGUUCAGGAUCUUGGUUGUCAGUCAUUGGUAGGUGAGAGACUUGAAGAUUCAAAGCCAUUUUUAACAGAAGUAGACGUCCACCCAAACAAGCCCCUCGCCGGUCAUUUGCGAGAAGAAUCAGAUUUACAGGAUGUGGAGGCUGCUGGCAUAAAUGACCAUCUGCCACAUUCCAAAGCGAAGUCUGAAAUGCGAUUAACAAAAUUAAAGCUAUCAAAUCUUAAAAAGGCUCAAAGGAGGGUGAGACGGGAACAGGAAAAAGUGAUCAGAGAAUUAAAGAAGUACUGGAGACGCUGUAUCGCAAAGAAGAGGUUGCAAAUUUUGAGACACUCAAGAUCUGAGGAGAAGCAAAGUGCUGCAGUUAAAAUACAG